AUGGCAUCCUCAAAUCACGCCGGCAUCCAAGACGACGCCGCAGAGAAGGACAGGCUGCUCUCCUCCGUGUCCAGCUAUGGGUCCCAGGACCUGCUCGGAGCCGGGGGCCCCCGCCCCCCCUGCCUGGUGGGCUCCGAGCUGCGCCGGCACUUCGAGGAGGAAGAGGAGGAGGCCCUGAGGCGGAAGCUCAAGUACUUCUUCAUGAGCCCCUGCGACAAAUAUCACGCCAAGGGACGCAAGCCCUUCAAGCUGGGCCUGCAGCUGCUGAAGAUCGUCAUAGUGACCGUCCAGCUGGUGCUUUUUGGACUGAGCAACCAGAUGGUGGUGACGUUCAAAGAAGAAAACACGGCAGCCUUCAAGUACCUCUUCCUGAAGGGUUACCAAGACAACGCUGCUCAGGAUGUCCACACGCAGGCCGAGCUGUACGACCGAAUUCACUUUGCCAUCGACCAGUAUUUAGCUCUCCCUGAGAUGGCUAUCGGUCGCUACGCCUACGUGAUGGGCGCUGGCGUGAAGGGAAGCGCGCUCUCGCUGUGUCAGCGGUACUUCAGGAACGGCACCAUCGACCCCGUCAACGACACGUUCGACAUCGACCCGCGCGUUGUUACAGAAUGCAUCGGGAUAAACCCUCUCACGAACAGUUCCGCUCCGGAAAGCAGCGACUACAAGAAUUUCACCCUCGAGUUUUACAGGCUGAUCAAUGUCACGAUUGAAUUCCAGCUGAAGGCCAUCAACAUCCAGACCAUCAUAAACAAUGAAAUCCCGGACUGUUACACCUUUGCCAUCAUCAUCGUCAUGGACAACCGGGCGCACAGCGGCAAAGUCAAGAUCGGCCUGCAGAACAAAGCCUCCAUAAAAGAGUGUGUAGACCCCAACGUGUCCGGGCACGCGGAGAACUACGCGCGGGAGUUUUUCGACGUCCUGGUGGCGGUGGUCUGCCUGCUGUCCCUGCUGCUGUGUGGCCGCUCCAUCCUCAGAGGGAUCCUGCUGCAGCAUGAGUACGUGCAGUUUUUUAAACACAAACUGGACCGCGGCGUGAGCUGGGGAGACCGAAUGGAGUUCAUCAACGGCUGGUACAUCCUCCUCAUCGUGAGCGACAUGUUCACCAUCGUUGGCAGCUUCAUCAAAAUCGGGAUAGAGUCCAAGAACCUGUCGUCGUAUGACGUGUGUGGCAUCCUGCUGGGAACCUCCACUCUGCUGGUGUGGGUCGGAGUCAUCCGCUACCUCAGCUUCUUUCAGAAAUACAACAUCUUGAUUGUGACUCUCAGAGCGGCUUUCCCGAACGUCAUCCGCUUCUGCUGUUGCGCGGCCGCUAUUUAUUUGGGAUACUGCUUCUGUGGGUGGAUUGUACUCGGGCCCUACCACGCCAAGUUUCGUUCCCUGUCCAUGGUGUCGGAGUGCCUGUUUUCUCUCAUCAACGGCGACGACAUGUUCGUGACGUUUGCCGAGAUGGAGCAGAGCGGCACGCUGGUGUGGAUCUUCAGCCAGGUCUACCUUUACACCUUCAUCUCGCUCUUCAUCUACAUGGUGCUGUCUCUCUUCAUCGCGCUCAUCACCGGAGCCUACGACACGAUCAUGGCUCAGACCCAGGACCAGGUCCGCGUCUCCGACUUGCACGCGUUCAUCGCUCAGUGCACGGACACGCCCAGCUCUGGCAAGUUCCGGGGCCCCGAGGGGUCCUCGUGCUCCUUCCUCUGCUGCUGCGAGUGGUGA